AUGCCUCUCAUCGAUCCCGUCACAAUGUCCAACUCCCCCGACUGGAAGACCAAGCUCCUGGGCAAGACCCUGGGCGACUCGCACAGCGACACGACCUUUGCCAAGACCGAUCUCCCCAAAGAAUGCCGCGUGCUCCCCGAGGGCAGCAUGAAGACCAUGGACCACAAGCCCAACAGGAUGAACGUGCACCUUGAUGGGCAGGGGGUCGUGAGGGAUGUCAACCAUGGUUGA